AUGUGGCGUCAAGGUGAAGUCCCGCAAGAUUUCAAAGACGCAACCAUCGUGCAUCUCUUCAAGCGCAAAGGGAAUCGCCAAGUCUGCGACAAUCACCGCGGCAUCUCCCUGCUGAACAUCGCCGGGAAGAUCUUCGCACAAAUCCUUCUCAACCGCCUCAAUAACCAUCUGGAACAGGGCCUUCUGUCGGAAAGCCAAUGCGGCUUCCGUCGUCAUCGUGGGACCACGGAUAUGAUCUUCGCCGCCCGUCAACUUCAGGAGAAGUGUCAGGAGAUGCGGACCCACCUGUACUCUACCUUCGUGGACCUGACGAAAGCCUUCGACACGGUGAAUCGUGAAGGACUGUGGAAGAUCAUGCAGAAAUUCGGCUGUCCGGAGCGAUUCACUCAGAUGGUGCGUCAGCUGCACGACGGUAUGAUGGCGCGAGUCAUGGACAACGGAGCCGUCUCAGAGGCAUUCGCAGUGACCAACGGAGUGAAGCAAGGAAGCGUGCUGGCACCAACCCUCUUCAGUCUUAUGUUCUCUGCCAUGCUGAUGGACGCCUACCGCGACGAACGUCCCGGGUUCCGCAUCGCCUACAUGACGGACGAUCACCUGCUGAAUCAACGACGGAUGCACUUUCAAUCGCGCGUAUCCACAACCACCGUUCACGCACUCCUCUUCGGCGACGACUGCGCCCUCAACGCCACCUCGGAAGAGGAGAUGCAACGGAGCAUGGACCUGUUCUCCGCCGCCUGCGAGAACUUCGGUCUGGUCAUUAACAUGCAGAAGACGGUGGUGAUGCACCAACCGCCACCCGUCUCAGCCACACCCCGGACGCGCCGCAAAUUAACGUGAAUGGGGCCGAACUGCAAGUGGUGGAUAUCUUCCCAUACCUGGGCAGCACCCUCUCCCGCAACACCAAGAUCGAUGACGAAGUCGCCAACAGGAUCUCGAAAGCCAGUCAAGCCUUCGGUCGCCUCCAAAGCACAGUUUGGAAUCGUCCCGGUCUUCAACUGAACACGAAGCUGAAGAUGUACAAGGCCGUCAUCCUGCCGACGCUACUGUAGGCAGCAGAGACCUGGACGGGGUACACGAGACAGGUACGCCGACUGAACCACUUCCAUCUUAGUUGUCUUCGUCGCAUCCUGAAGCUGAACUGGCAGGAUCGCAUCCCCGACACUGAUGUGCUGGAACGUACGGGAAUCUUCAGCAUCUACUCCAUGCUGAGACAAAUGCAGCUGCGCUGGAGCGGCCACCUGGUGCGCAUGGAUGACGAGCGACUACCCAAACAACUCUUCUACGAAGACGUCACGAUAAGUUCUCGCCGCCAUGGUGGUCAAAUUCGUCGAUACAAGGACACACUGAAGUCCUACCUGAAGCGACUGCAAAUCAACCCGACCAACUGGGAAGAGCUCGCCCGCGAUCGUCCGACAUGGAGGAGAACAGUGAAGACGGGCGCUGCUAUCUAUGAAGCCAACCUCAUCUCCGCUGCCAAAGAGAAACGCGAAGUCCGCAAAUCCCAACUGCGCUUAGUCCUCAACGCCGACGCACAACCGCCUCCAACGUAUCCUCGAUGCCAACGGACAUUCCGGGCUCGAAUCGGCCUCGUUGAACGUCUUCAAAUCAACUCAAUUUUUGCAUUCAGAAAAGCUUCCUUAACUUUUGGGUUCUGA